UAGGAGCGGCUAUUUGCUUUCGACCACACCAUUCUCUCCUCGGGUGGAGAUUAAGCAUUCUUUUAGCCAGUAUUGGCAGUGUAUAGACCGGAUAUUCCUGACGGAACGUUGAAAGCAAAGAGUUUCCGCAACUGGGUCACAUUCCCUAUUUCUCGUUCGAGAGUCUUAGAUAUACCGGUAGGUUAUUAGCUAUCUGACUAUGGUAGAUUAUCACGCUUCUAAUAAUCAAGCAUCGUCUGGAGGACCAGCCGUUUACAUGGACCCAAGAGAACAAGAAAAUGAUUGGGACCGGGACCUGCUGCUGGACCCGGCCUGGGAGAAACAGCAAAGAAAGACGUUCACGGCCUGGUGCAACUCCCACCUGAGGAAAGCAGGCACGCAGAUCGAGAACAUCGAGGAGGACUUCAGGGAUGGCCUCAAACUCAUGCUCCUGCUGGAGGUCAUCUCAGGGGAACGGUUACCUAAGCCCGAGAGAGGCAAGAUGAGGGUCCACAAGAUCAACAACGUUAACAAAGCGCUGGACUACAUCGCCAGCAAGGGGGUCAAGCUGGUGUCCAUUGGCGCAGAGGAAAUUGUGGAUGGCAACGCCAAGAUGACCCUGGGCAUGAUCUGGACGAUCAUCCUCCGCUUCGCCAUCCAGGACAUCUCCGUGGAAGAGACCUCUGCCAAGGAGGGCCUGCUCCUGUGGUGCCAAAGGAAGACUGCGCCCUACAAAAACGUCAACGUGCAGAACUUCCACAUCAGCUGGAAGGAUGGCCUUGCCUUCAACGCUCUGAUCCACAGACACAGGCCAGAGCUCAUUGACUACGACAAGCUAAGGAAGGAUGACCCCUUGACCAACCUGAACAAUGCCUUUGAGGUGGCUGAGAAGUACCUGGACAUCCCCAAGAUGAUGGAUGCUGAAGACAUCGUGGGCACGCUGAGGCCUGACGAGAAGGCCAUCAUGACCUAUGUCUCCUGCUUCUAUCACGCCUUCUCUGGCGCCCAGAAGGCUGAGACUGCAGCCAAUAGGAUCUGCAAGGUGCUGGCUGUCAACCAGGAGAAUGAGCACCUGAUGGAGGACUACGAGAAGCUGGCCAGUGAUCUGUUGGAGUGGAUCCGCCGGACCAUCCCGUGGCUGGAGAACCGGGCUCCAGAGAAGACCAUGGCCGAGAUGCAGCAGAAGCUAGAGGACUUCCGGGGCUACCGUCGCGUCCACAAGCCCCCCAAGGUGCAGGAGAAGUGUCAGCUGGAGAUCAACUUCAACACCCUGCAGACCAAGCUGAGGCUGAGCAACAGGCCCGCCUUCAUGCCUUCCGAGGGACGCAUGGUGUCGGAUAUCAACGGGUCGUGGCACAACCUGGAGGGGGCGGAGAAGGGCUACGAGGAGUGGAUGCUCAACGAGAUCCGUCGCCUGGAGAGACUGGACCACCUGGCUGAGAAGUUCCGUCAGAAAGCCACCAUCCACGAGUCCUGGACCGAUGGUAAGGAGGCCAUGCUGACCCAGAAGGACUAUGAGACAGCCAGCCUGUCGGAGGUCAAGGCUCUGCUGAGGAAACAUGAGGCGUUUGAGUCUGACCUGGCCGCCCACCAAGACCGCGUGGAGCAGAUCGCUGCCAUCGCACAGGAACUCAAUGAGCUGGACUACUACGACUCCCCUAGUGUGAACGCCCGCUGUCAGAAGAUCUGUGAGCAGUGGGACGCUCUGGGGUCUCUCACCCAGAGCCGCAGGGAGUCUCUGGAGAGGACAGAGAAGCAGCUGGAGUCCAUUGACGAGCUGUACCUGGAGUACGCCAAGAGGGCGGCACCCUUCAACAACUGGAUGGAGGGGGCCAUGGAGGACCUGCAGGACAUGUUCAUCGUUCACAACAUCGAAGAGAUCCAGGGCCUAAUCACAGCCCAUGAGCAGUUCAAGUCUACCCUCCCAGAGGCCAACAAGGAGCGGGAGGCCAUCCAGGCCAUUCAGGCGGAGGUGCAGAAGAUUGCCCAGUACAACGGCAUCAAGCUGAGCGGGGGCAACCCCUACACCACCAUCACACCCAAGAGUAUUGACGACAAGUGGCACAAGGUGGAACAGCUGGUGCCCCAGCGUGACCGGGCCCUGCAGGAGGAGCUGGCCAAGCAGCAGUCUAACGACCACCUGCGCCGCAAGUUUGCCACCCAGGCCAACAUCGUCGGGCCCUGGAUACAGACCAAAAUGGAGGAGAUUGGGCGGAUAUCCAUUGAGAUGAAUGGAACUCUGGAGGACCAGCUGGUGAACCUGAGAGAGUAUGAGCAGAGCAUCAUAGAGUACAAGCCCAACAUCGACCAGCUGGAGGGAGACCAUCAGCUCAUCCAGGAGGCCCUAAUCUUUGACAACAAAUACACCGCCUACACCAUGGAGCACCUGCGGGUGGGCUGGGAGCAGCUCCUCACCACCAUCGCCCGCACCAUCAACGAGAUCGAGAACCAGAUCCUGACCCGCGACGCCAAGGGCAUCAGCCAGGAGCAGCUGCAUGAGUACCGCACUUCCUUCAACCACUUUGACAAGAAGGGAAACUCCGGUGGGAGUAAGGCAUGGACUAGACUUGACCACAGCGGGGCCCUGAUGGCUGAGGAGUUCAAGGCGUGCCUGAUCAGCCUGGGCUACGAUGUGGAGAACAACAAAGCGAAGCGCACAGGGCAGAUGGACAUGGACAAUUACCGCGCUCUGCUCGUUGCGACUGGAAACAGCUUGGGCGAUGCCGAGUUUGCCCGCAUCAUGGGCAUAGUGGACCCCAAUAACAGCGGAGCUGUCACCUUCCAGGCCUUCAUAGACUUCAUGUCCCGGGAGACCACGGACACUGACACAGCCGACCAGGUCAUCGCCUCCUUCAAGAUCCUGGCUGCAGACAAGAACUUCAUCACGGCUGAGGAGCUGAGGCGUGAGCUGCCUCCAGACCAGGCAGAGUACUGCAUCGCCCGCAUGGCGCCUUACUCGGGCCCCGACGCGAAGCCCGGAGCUCUCGACUACAUGUCCUUCUCUACCGCCCUCUACGGGGAGAGUGACCUCUAGGAGCACACCACAGGGGGGAGGGAUGGGGAAGGGAUGAGGUUUGGGUUGGAAGGGGGGUACAUAGAGGCUUGCCAGGCCCAAUGCAGAGCAGAUGCACUCCACCCCUCUAGAUAUAGCCUGCAGUCACUGAGAGCAGUAGGAGGAGAGAAGAGGGGAGUGAGUCUGCAGCCAAUGGAUUGAUUGGCUCUGUAGAAGAGGGAGGGGCUGCAGUUGGAGAGUCCUGGGAAGUGAUUGGUGGACAGCUCUACUGCUCUCUCUCAUUUCUGGUCCCGCAGUGCCCCUGAGUGCAGGUUUUCACCUCAAACUCGUUGGCUGCAACUUUGUUCACAGAACUAGAAUCAAAUGCACAUCAUGUUAUGGGGUGAAAACAAGCAACCACAGGUGCGCUUCUGGGUCAGAAUGGAAUGAGGACACUGCUCUGUAGUGCAAGUCCCAUCUUCACCCUACCCUCUGCCUUGGGGACGGAGUACAAGAUAUUCUGAUUCUUAUACAACAUUUUUUUGUUUGUUUAUUUUAUCUUGCUGGGAGGGGGGGGGGGGUUGCGUAUUAGAACACAGAGAUAUAUAAAGGGGAGGGGGGGUAGGGGGUUGAACAGAGAAUAAUGACAUGUACCCGUACCACAUUUUGCUGGAUAAUUGGAACUUGGAUUUCUAACCUCAACUCUUUCCUUUUCCUGUUUGUUUGUUUGUUUCUUUUCUCCAGCAAAUGUGAGUAAUUGGGUUCAGUGCUGUACAUACUUAUUUUUUCAGUACGCAACACAGUCAGAAUACUCAUCGCAGGCUUGUAGGGCAAAACAAGUGGCAUUUUUAAAAGGAAAAACAACACAUGGCAGUUUGACACAUUGAGUACCGUAGAUGGGUUUGACACAUUGAGUACCGUAGAUGGGUUUGACACAUUGAGUACCGUAGAUGGGUUUGACACAUUGAGUACCGUAAAUGGGUUUGAGUUACUGUGAGUCUCCAUUUGGGUCAAGUUUUAUUUUUGUUAUUUCUUUUCAACGGUCAAAUAUGGAAUCCUGUCGGAUUGAAGAUAUGGUGACAAUUUAGUUGGAGGAGGAAUAUGUGAGGCCUUUAUAGCUUCUAUGUAAACAUCACAUGACACUUGACACAAACAUGUUGGCAUUUAAGAUGCUCUUGUUCACCCAAUCUAUUCAUUUAUUAUAGUUUCAACUGAAGAACAAUAUGAAAGAAUAUCAGGUCAUGUAAAGCUUACAUGGACAAAGUGAAGGCCCACCGCUAUCCUCAGUUGAAUUGUUUCUGUAGGGACACCACUUUAGAGUUCCCCGAGGGAGUUGGAAACUAUGGGAGUACUAAAAAUGUGCCUGUUCGUGGCUACAGCCCUGUCUCUCACUCUUUCAUCCCUCCAUCUCCUUGUCUGUCUUCUCUCUGCAGCAGGACAGGCAGGGACCCAGUGUAAAGGAGGGCAAAGGGAGGGGGCCAGAGUCUUAAUCAACAUUCCAUUAUGUCUUAAAUAAAAAGGAAAUGACUGACUACCAAUCUAUGCAAUCGUCUAUCCAAUAUCACAGAUUUCAGAGAGAUGGCAGGAAUUGAUUUGAAGAAAUUGACUAAAUUAAGUGCAAGAUGUUUUGUUUUAUUUCUUUAAUAUUUGUAAAUGAGAGGGGUUGAGGAGCUUAGGGGGAAGCGAGUAAGAGGGACUGGAGGAAAAUAAGAAUUGGGCCAAAAGUUUGUACUUUCACAUGCCUGGUUGGAAAGCAUCGAACUUUGGAAUUGUGAUUUCUUCAUUUUUGUGCUCUUUAAUAUCAAACCUUAUCUGCUGUACUGGAAACUGCAAAACGGCCUUCUGUCUAAAAGUGAAUUUCACAAGCACACAUAAAGUUUCCUUAUAAAAUA